UUUAUGCGAAAUGUUCUAAACAGGGAGCACUUUAUGCUCGAUGCGUUCUACUCAGAGAGGAUUCAGUUAAGAAAGACGAUUGUGCUAAAGAAUUUCAAGAAUUCAAAACGUGUUUACAAAGUGCCGCGAAAAAUUUAAAAACGCGAAUUUAAAAUGUUGUCGCGUUCUCUCGUUCGCAUCUUGAAUUUACCGUUUAAUUUACAUAUUACUGUCGCGUUUUUAAUUCGCAUAAUUUUUGUGUGUUACGCCAACUACCACGACCAACAUUAUGACGUUCCGUACACGGACAUAGACUACAGAGUUUUUACAGAUGCAGCGAAACACGUUUAUAAAGGGGACUCUCCCUACAAACGACACACGUACAGAUACAGUCCAAUCAUUGCGUUCCUUUUGACGCCAAAUGUUUUUCUAAACGUAAAUUUCGGGAAAAUUUUAUUUUGUGUUUUUGAUUUAUUAUGUUCUUACGCAAUAAAGAAGCUAAUUGAAAGACAACUAGUUGGUAAAAGCAAUGGACCUACUAUUGCAACGUAUUGUUCUUUAUUUUGGUUAUAUAAUCCGAUGAGUAUAGCUAUUUCAACCAGAGGGAAUGCAGAUUCAGUGCCUUGUUUUAUAAUAAUUUUGUCGCUGUUCUUUUUACAAACCAACAUCGUCGAAGGAUACACGAAAUAUGUUCUUAGUGGAAUAUUACUAGGGUUUUCAAUACAUUUACGAUUAUACCCAAUUGCGUUCACAUUUCCGAUGUAUUUAUCCCUUGGAGAAUAUAAAAUAAAUCGUAAUACUGGUAUGAGAGAUGCUAUUAUACAGCUUCUACCGAAUAAAAAGCAACUUUUGUUAGCAUUAUGUUGUAUUUCAUCGUUUAUAGCACUUACGGGCGCCAUGUAUAUAUUAUAUGGUUACGAGUUUCUCUUCGAAACGUACAUAUAUCAUCUCUUUAGAAAGGAUAUAAGACACAACUUUUCCGUUUUAUUUUAUUACACUUAUUUAACAGGCAGCCAGUUGUCAAUAGAUUUAGUCAAAUUUUUGACACAAAUUUGUGAGUGUGUUAUUUUGUUUGUAAUUAGCUUAGCUUUUGGCACAGAUAAACAAACGCUGCCGUUUGCGUUGUUUUGUCAGUCGAUUGUCCUAGUAGCCUAUAACAGCGUUAUGACGUCACAGUACUUUAUAUGGUUUUUGUCCCUUUUACCAUUGGUUGUACACGAUUUAAAGAUGAAAAUAAAUACGGCAAUAUAUCUAGCAAUACUUUGGGUCCUUCCACAAGCAAAGUGGUUAUUUUAUGCAUAUUUACUCGAGUUUAAGAGCCGAGAAACCUUUUUUUACAUAUGGGCAAGUGGCAUUUUCUUUUUCGUUGAGAAUAUUUAUGUUCUGGGUAAACUUGUCAAAAGUUACAGUCCCAGUUAUGGUUUCGGCCAGAUCAGUGAUAGUGAAAUUAAAAAUAAGUAGAGUACAUAAGAUUGUAGAUAUUAGAUAAUUUUGAAAUGAAAUGAAAUAAAAACAAAAAACAUUA